AUGAAGCCCGUUAACUUCUCGAAGGACGAGACCAAGCAGUUCUGGCUCGUAUCGGUGCCCAAUUCGGAGGUGGGUCCGCAUGGCUUCGAGCAAUUGCGGUCGGCCGUGGGUGGGGCGGGUGUCGUGUCCAAAUUCAAGAUCCCCUCUCUCCGAGUCGGCUCCCUCGAUUCGCUCCUGGCCCUCAGCGAGGACCUGGGCCGCAAGGACCAGUUCUUCGAAGGCGUAGUGAACAAAAUCGCGCGUCAGCUGCGCGACCUCUACACCGACCCUGAGACUGGCAACAACGAGGGUCCUGGCGCGGGCGAGAGGAUUCUUGCCGUUAACAACAUUGGUCUGGAUUCCUACCUUUCGACGUUUGAGUGGGAUGAGGCUAAGUACAAGCUCACCAGCCCGCUCAAGGACGUCAUCGACGCCGUCUCCACCACCAUGACCAAGAUCGACGAGGAGCUCAGGACCAAGUCCGCCUCCUUCCAGUCUGUCACCCAGGCCAUCGCCGCCGAGAAGAAGAAGGCCACUGGUAACUUGAUGGUGCGCGAUCUGUCCGAUCUGAUCAAGCCCGAAGAUGCCAUCGACACCGACUACCUCACCACGCUUUUCGUCGUCGUCAACAAGGCCGGCGCCAAGGAGUGGCUCGAUGAGUACGAGACCAUUGUCAGCGACGUCGUCCCGCGCUCUUCCGAUCUCCUCUACUCUGACAGCGAGUUCAACCUCUACAACGUCAUCCUUUUCAAGAAGAUGGCGGACGACUUCAAGACACAGGCUCGCAAGAAGAAGUGGACCGUGCGUGAAUACAAGUUCGACGCCAAGGCCGUGGAAGCCGGCAAGGAGGACCUCAAGAAGUUCGAAAGCAAGCGUGUCAAGCAGAAGAACAGCUUGAUCAGGUGGUGCAGGCUCAACUUCGCCGAGGCCUUCACCAGCUGGGUGCACCUCAAGGCCAUCCGCACCUUUAUUGAAGCAGUUUUGAGGUUUGGUUUGCCGGCCGAGUACACGUCGGCGGUGAUCGAGCCGGGCAGGAGCUCGGAGAACAAGCUGAGGAAGACGCUCGACAGCCUCUACGCCAAGCUCGGGUCCUCGUACAUCGACGGCGGCGACGAGGUGGACGCCGCCUCGCUCCUGGCCGGCGUGUCGGACAAGUUCUACCCCUACGUGUGGUCCAAGAUGUCCAUCGCCACCAGCGCGCAGUAA